UUUCCCGGCCCAGAGCCCUGAACAACUGGUUUCCUUUGGAGUCUGGGAGGAGUGGAGCGGGCAGGGAGCGAACCAGGCAACGCCAGGGUAGCGGGGUACUCGACUGGGGAGAAGCACCAGGUGGAAGCAGGGCCAACUGGAGGGUCCGGACAGGACAGCGCCCCAAAGGAAGCCAUCCAGAGUACAAGCAGCGGGGGAGCCGGGAGCUAUUACAAAACGACCCUGGCGUUCGGGAUCCAGGUGCCAGGAUCAUGAGGCCGCUCUUCACGCUGCUGUUUCUGGGCCUGGCAUCCGGCUCGGCCCCACUGGAUGACAACAAGAUCCCCAGCCUGUGUCCAGGGCAUCCCGGCCUUCCAGGCACACCAGGCCACCACGGCAGCCAGGGCCUGCCAGGUCGCGACGGCCGCGAUGGCCGCGACGGCGCGCCUGGGGUUCCGGGCGAGAAAGGCGAGGGUGGGAGGCCAGGACUGCCGGGGCCACGCGGGGAGCCUGGGCCGCGAGGAGAGGCGGGCCCCGUGGGGGCAGCUGGGCCUGCCGGGGAGUGCUCCGUGCCCCCGCGCUCAGCCUUCAGCGCCAAGCGCUCCGAAAGCCGAGUGCCACCGCCGGCCGACGCGCCCCUGCCCUUCGACCGCGUGCUGGUGAACGAGCAGGGACAUUACGAUGCCACCACCGGCAAGUUCACCUGCCAGGUGCCCGGGCUGUACUACUUCGCCGUCCACGCCACCGUCUACCGGGCCAGCCUGCAGUUUGACCUCGUCAAGAACGGCGAAUCCAUCGCCUCUUUCUUCCAGUUUUUUGGGGGGUGGCCCAAGCCAGCCUCACUCUCAGGGGGCGCCAUGGUGAGACUGGAGCCCGAGGACCAGGUGUGGGUGCAGGUGGGUGUGGGCGAUUACAUCGGCAUCUAUGCAAGCAUCAAGACAGACAGCACCUUCUCUGGAUUUCUUGUCUACUCCGACUGGCACAGCUCUCCAGUAUUCGCCUAGCGCUGUGGUUCCUAGUGGGGGGCCCAACGCUGACGCACAUCCGGGAGGGCUGGCCCCCCUGGAAAACUGAGAGGCUAGGGCAGUGGAGUCGGGGGUCCCUAGGUUCUGCAAGCAGCACGGGGCUGUAUUUCUGCCCAAGCCAGGAGUCUGUCGUGCUGGCAAGUGUCGUUCCCUGGCUACUCAAGUCCAGAACUACAAGGUGGGGUGCUCUCCUCCUGGUCUUCCCCUUCAUCUUCCAUCCCUCCUGCUCCCAGGGCCAGCCCUUAACUCAAGGAUCACUCAAUAAAUCUACAAAACCCUC